UGUACCACUGAGCGCAUGUUGAGUCCUGCCCUGCUCCUUUCCCACAGCACACUCGCAUGUCGCUGCGGUGCACUCAUCCACGGAGCCCGUCUCUCUCUCCGGUUCUGAGAUCACUUCUCCUGCGACCGAAGGCUCACUGGAUAUUUACACGUUUUUACAGGCUGGCUCUCGUCUCCGCCUAGUGCGCAGCCCGGGCAUUGACAAAAUGUGAUUUAUUUUGGAGGAAAAUUCAACCACAGGAAAUCCUAUUUGAUAGCAUCAAAAGGAAAACUUCAAGCGGACUGCUUCUGUCUUUUCAAUACCAAGAAAGAAUGCACAGCCAGAGGAUUAUAUGACGCCUUCUCUGUGGAUCUAAAACUUAAAAACCAAAAGAAAGAAGAAUCUAUCCCGUGGAAGUACAUCAAAAGAAUGGCCACAGAGUCUUUCCAUGCUGCCCACGCUGCUGUAGCUCCAUCCGCAAUCCCCAUGUCGCCCUCCACAGGAAACCUGCUUCGGAUGUUUCAGGAGUACCAGAGCAACGCGGUCAUCAUCGACCACUACAACUUCACGGGCAAACUGCCCAAGAACAAGUACAAAGAAGGACUCACCCCGGAGUCCAUCGCCUUCCUGCUCGUCUGCCUGCUCAUCGUCGCAGAAAACGCCGUGGUGCUUCUGGCUAUCUGGAAGAACAAGAAAUUCCACGUGCCCAUGUACUACCUGCUGGGCAACCUGACUCUCUCGGACCUGCUCGCAGGUUUCACCUACAUGGUGAACAUCAUGACGUCCGGCGCCAAGACGUUAAAGCUGACGCCGGUGCUGUGGUUCCUGCGGGAGGGUGGCGUGUUCAUCAUGCUGGCCGCCUCCGUCAUCAGUCUGCUGGCCAUCGCCAUAGAGCGCCACGUUACCAUGGUGAGGAUGAAGCCGUACCAGGGGGACAAACAGGGCCGGAUGUUCGCUCUGAUCGGUGCCAGCUGGGUGCUGUCCGUGUUCCUCGGCGUCCUGCCCGUCCUCGGCUGGAACUGCAUGGGCCGCCUGGACCAGUGCUCUACGGUGCUGCCGCUCUACGCCAAGAGCUACAUCCUCUUCUGCAUCACCGUCUUCAGCGCCAUCCUCAUGGCCAUCGUGGUGCUCUACGUGCGCAUCUUCCGCAUCGUCAAGUCCAACACGCACCGCCUGGCGUCGGCCCCGCAGCGCAAGGGCCUCUACCGCAAGUCCCAGAAGUACAUGGCCCUGCUGAAGACGGUCACCAUCGUCCUGGGCGUCUUCAUCAUAUGUUGGCUGCCGCUCUUCAUCCUCCUGCUGCUGGACUUCUUCAGCCCGGCCAAAAGCUGCGGGGUUCUCUUUAAAGCGGACUAUUUCCUGGGCAUCGCCAUGCUCAACUCCCUCCUCAACCCCAUCAUCUACACGCUGACCAGCAAGGACAUGAGGAAGGCCAUCCUCAGGCUGCUCUGCCGACACUGCCUCCUGACCAAAGAUGGACAAGUGAAGAAAAUCGGGAUGCCCUUCCUGGACUGCAGCACCAGUAGAGUCGACGCAACCUCGCACAAACUGGAGGGAGUGGAGACGACGGUGUCCUCCGGGAACUUUACACCGUCUACGAUCAAAGCCGUUUACCCCAAGAUGUCUAAAACAUGACACAGUGGCUCGCUGAAUGACGCUGAGAGCGAGCGUUGGGACUAAGACUCGGCCGCUUCUCUCCAAUCCGAGCUGUGCUCCGGGCGGCGUACGACAGGAUCGGAAGUUUUGAGUUGCACUCCGCCAGGGUUCGGUAUUAAACCCUCAUGAACAGAAUAAGCUCCACGUAUGUGAUUGAAGCAGGGCUGUCCUCGACUAUAGUCACUUGGUCGACUAACACGGGAUUUUGUCGACUAACCGAUUAGUUGAUUUAAUUGACAGAUCAGAGAAUCAUGCAAAGGCACCUCUUUAACUCGUGUGUUGUACCAGAGAUGUGCUCGUAAGUUUCUUGGAAAUAGAACAUUCAAAAGCAUUAAAAAUAAAUGACUAAUCAACUGAAGAAAUCUUAGUCGACUCGCAUUAAAACAACCGAUCAGUCGACCAAUCAACUAAGAGGGGGCAGCCCUAGAGAAGAUAGAAGUACAAAUUGAGACAGACAUUAACUUUUUAAGUUUUAUAGAUGUUUAGUCAUGACAAACAUGUCAAUUAGAGCUGCAACGAUGAAUCGAUUAGUUGUCAACUAUUAAAUUAACCGCCAACUAUUUUGAUAAUCGAUUAGAGUCCAUUUUUGAGGGGAAAAAGUCAAACUUCUCCGAUUCCAGCUUCUUAAAUGUUAAUAUUGUUCUAGUUUCUUCUCUCCUCUGUGACAGCAAACUGAAUAUCUUUGAGUUGUGGACAAAACAAGACAUUUGAGGAUGUCGUCUUGGGCUUUGGCAAAUACUGACUGACUUUCUGACAUCUUAUGGACCAAACAAUUAAUCAAGAAAAUAAUCGACAGAUUAACAGACAAUGAAAAUGAUCGUUAGUUGCAGCCCUAAUGUCGAUGCUUUUAUUGUAGCUGUCGGUUACAUUUACUUUUAGACAGUGAAAGCAAGGCCAGUAUUUGUCAGAAGUCGUUUCAUUUCAUCAGUUUUUUUUCCACAUGAAAUAAAAUCAAAGACUGUGUGCAGACGUUUCACAUAAAUACAGCCAGCUAGGCAGCACAUCUGAGGUUUAUCCUUAUCUCCUCUCUCUGUGUAGCACAUAAUGAUAUGUUGUUACCAACAGAGCAUCCACACCCAAAAUCUUAAUUUCUGCCAUGUGAGUUUUGGUCAGCCGUAGUGCUGGGUAGAGGUCCCCAUCGGCCAAGAUCAGAAGCUCGGUGGCCUGGAGACGCAGCGAACACGUCAUACGAGGGGGCUGAGCGCAGCGGUUUGCAGCUUUGGAGGUCCCUUUAACAUAUGUAGUGACACAUGAUGGAUGACUGAAAGCAAUAAAAGUAGACAGUGGAGGUUUGUUGACGCCUUUUUGCUGGUGUAACAGAGUCGAAUAUCGCAGUGAUAUGUGCUACAGCUUGUGGACAAAGUUUACAGUGAAAUGAUACAGAUCUGGUUGUUCUCGUGAAAGAGCGCAGACGUGACCUUGUUCCUCGCUGAUAGCAGUCUGUCAGAGGCCAGACUACAGAGCGUGUGGGCUUCAGAGUGCCGGGGGAAUUUCAUCGUGGUUAAAGUGACAUUACAAAUGGGCCCUUUGCAAACUGUAAUAUUGUACAUAAAUGUAAAAUGUAGUAUACUUUGUAAAUAUCUAUAGUCUUUCUCUGAGCUUAUCAGAGCUGCAUUUUGUAUUGUAAAAAAACCCCAUUUCUUUAAGUUAUGAUGUCACCUUUGUAUGUGCACUGAAUAAAACAUGUGAAUGAAGUUUA